AUGUUAAAUCCGUACUUGUAUCGACGCGACGCCAAGACCCCCCAGCCGAAGUCGCUCUGGUGGGCAGCGGAACGCGGCCCUGUGGAAACCUUGAGACUAGCAGUGAGGUUCGGGGCAGAAAUCUGCCCUCGAAGAAGAUGGGGUUCCCUGUCGCCGUUAUCCAAAGCAAUAGUUGCCACUGUUGAAAGGGUCCGUGAUGAGCAUCAGCACCAUAUGAUGAUGCAGGUGCUGCAUUGUUUCCUUGAUGUGGGUGCCUUCGAGUUCGAAGACCACGAUUCAGUCAACGUUUCGUUGGCUACGCGGAGAAGAGACUUGGAUGUGCUUUGGAUCGUGCUUAAGAACCAUAGGGGCCUCCGGUUGGCCGACAUAUUCCAGUCUGCCUGUCAAGUAGCUCGUUGUGUGCCCAUGACCCAACAAGAUUGUUUCGCUCUGGAUAUGCUGGUCAGGAUUGGACUCACCUCAGACGGCGCACAAUUACAGAAAUUGCUCCGCAACGUCUUCCAUUCUCCCUUCGACCAAGCGACGACGACGGUUCUGCUACUGCUUCUUGAGUAUAGGAGCGAGGUUGCUGGUUUCGGGUUGCCCUGCGGGUCUUUAGUAAAGCACGCUCUAGGCUUGCCGUGCAUGCUUGUGGUUCCUGUGUCCCGGAGCCUACAGGUCACAAGGUCGUUGUUGAUGAACGGAGCGGAUGCUACGGAUCUACCUCGUCCUUUGCCCCAAGAUAUACACGAGCUUCUCGAGGAGGUGUCGAGCGCCUUGGCUGCACGGAAUCCAGAUCCGGGCGAUGCAGAGAAUCCAGGGGAUACAGAGAAUACAGAGACCAUUUUCCCGGCCGAUAUGUUUGUGGGCAGUUGA